AUGGAAGACUCACAAAGACCACUCUUGCGUGAACUGUCUUCCGAACGCAGUGACUCAACUUUCGAAACUGCUCGUCGGUACACUCGUCGCUAUCUGAACUCAAAAUUCGGUCACUAUGCCAUCCUGCUCCUGGUAUCCCUCGACUGCACAUGUAUCUUUUCCGAAUUUGUGAUUCAGAUUCUCAGCUGUGAGGGAAGAAUUUCCGAGUCGCGAGGUCAUGUCGCGCAAGAAGCAAUAGGCAUUGUGGGUCUAGUCUUUUCUUGCUUGUUCAUGUUGGAACUGCUGGCAAGCAUAUGGGCAUUCGGUUUUCGCUUUUUCCGUUCCAAGUUUCAUUGUUUCGAUGCGACGGUCAUCGUUGCCAGUUUCAUCGUAGAUGUUCUUCUGCGCGGCAUUCUUGAAGAGGUCGCCUCCCUGGUUAUCAUCCUACGUCUCUGGCGUGUUUUCAAGAUCAUGGAAGAGCUGAGUGUUGGUGCCCAAGAGCAGACAGAGGCACUGCGUGAUCGGAUCGAAGUGCUUGAACGAGAAAAGUCGCAGAUGGAGGUCGAACUGACCAGGCUUAGGUCUACCCAAGACUCAUACGCUUGA